ACAGCGACGCGCGUGAAAAAAGAAGAAGAAAGAAGAAGCGAGUUUUAGAGCAAAGCCAGAGUGUGGAUGGUAAAUUUCACCUCGUCGUCUGCCCAAAAUUGGAUUAUUCUGUGCAAAAUUGUGCUUAAAAGUGUGUAAUUUCGAGUUGUGGCUGUUGUAAAAUAAAAUCUAUUGUGUGAAUAUCGUAGUGUUUAAUCGUGAAGACUUGUAUCCUGGAUCGGAAUUUGAGCGUCGUUAGACACUAGAAAGCGGCGAAGAAUUAUGAGUAAUUUAAAAUCUGCCGGCGUUCCGCGAUUCCCUUACCCGGCAGUCGCCGCGAAUCCAGCGGCUCGCAUUAAUUGUGGCUUUUGUUGUUAUUAUUAAAUGAGUGUGUAAUAAAAAUCGAAACUAAACGAGAUGCCAACCGGCGAUGCCUCACGUCGUCUUCGUGCCCGUGGCAGCGCAGUGUGAUUGAGGCGAAGAGUGUGUGUGUGAGUGGGAGUUCCAAAGUCCGGCGCUCCUCAGUGUCCGAGGGGGCGCCCAGGGAAGUGAAUCCAAUUAUUAUUGAACAGAAGAAGAGAAUCAAACUCGAAACUUGUUGCGAAUCGGCCGCAAACCGACCGCGAGUCAACACUGUGCAAGUGAAAGUGCGCGAAAAAUACAAAAAAAGUAACGAAACGAAACGAUCGGCGAACGGUCGGAACAGGUUGGAACCAGAGCGGCGGUGGCCAUGGACGGCGUUCGGGCGUUGGACAUUCUGCCGCUGCUGCAGGAACGCUUCGCGCUGCUGUCCGGUGGCCGGGAUAACCGCGGCGGACCGAUCAUCUGUUUCCCGGCCACCACCAAGCGCGAACGGGUCAAGCCCGAGGACAUCAAGCGGGUGGUCAGCUACCUCAUCGGGAUACCGAGCGAUGAAAGCAAAAGCCAUGGCUUCACGAUCGUCAUCGACAUGCGCGGCAACAGCAACACGGCGGCGAGCGCGAAGAUGAUCUUGAAGGUGCUGCAGGAGAGCUUCGGCCAGGACCACAUUCACCAGGCGGUGAUCAUCAAGCCGGACAACUUUUGGCAGAAGCAACGGUCGGCGAUCGCGAGCAGCAAGUACAAGUUCGAGACGACCACGGUUUCGAUCAAUCUGCUGAGCAAAGUGGUCGAACCGUCGCAGCUGACGUCCGACUUUGAUGGGUUCCUGCAUUACGAUCACAACCUGUGGAUCGAUUUGCGGGUGGCGUUCGAAGAUUUUCUGUGGCAGGCGAGUGACAUUCUGGACCGGAUCGAUGACCUGCAGGAGGACUUGCAGCACUCGGACUUUCCGGAGGACGUUAACAGUGCCAAGCACAGCAGCGAAGCCCACAACGAAAUGAAGCGGAAGGUGCUGAAGCUGCCGAUCGAGGAUCUGGAUCUGCAGGGUCAAAAGCUGCUGGGGAAGUUUACCUCGUACUCGAAUCGGAACGACGAAAGUUGCCACUCGACGUCGUCGCCCUCCAAGUGUCACAAUCCGGAUAUUUCUUCCGCGCUGAACCAGGUUCUUCAGCAGCUCGAAACGGUACGGAAUGCCCAGCAGCAGCUGUUGAACAUGUGGCAGCACAAGAAGACCACGCUGGAUCAGUGCUUCCAGCUGCGGCUGUUUGAGCAGGACUGCGAGAAGAUGUUCGACUGGAUCCUGCACAACCGGGAUGUGUUCCAGGAGACGUACGUGGAGAUUGGCCACAACUACGCGCUGGCCAAGAACCUGCAGGAGGAGCACCAGCGCUUCGCCAUGACAUCGCGCAACGUGAGCUUCAACAUAAACCGGAUAUUGGCCGUGGCGGGGAAGUUGAUCGAGAGCAGUCACUACGCGGCGCAGCACAUCCGCACGUUGGCCACGCGGCUGGACAAGACGUGGAAGGACUUUGUGACGACGCUGGACGAGCGGACGGCGGUGCUAUCGCUGUCGGUGGUGUUCCACCACAAGGCGGAACAGUACACGGAGAGCGUGAGCAGCUGGGCGGCGGCCUGCGAAGCGACCAUUCCAACGCCGACGAACGUGGAGAGUCUGGAGACGGCCAUCCGGACGCACCAGUCGCUGUACGAAGCGAUGUGCCAGGCGUACACGGAGGUGCACUCGACCAGCAAGAAGCUGCUGUACCAGCUGGAUCACCUGGUGCAGGUCUGCAAUCAGCCGCCGGCUGUCAACACGAGGAAGAAUGACAACUCUCACUUCAAUGGUGGCAAUCCGGCGGCUGACUACAGUGAAGGUGCGUCCCACGUGCUGGCCGUAAUCCACCAAAUCCUUGGCCACCACCGGGCCCUCGAAAGCAAGUGGCACGCAGGGAAGCUGCGGCUGCACCAGAAGCUUGCGUUGCGCCUCUUCCAGGAGGACGUGAAGCAGGUGCUGGAUUGGCUGCAGAACCACGGCGAUGUGUUUCUGCGGAAGAACCGCGGCAUUGGGCGAAGUUUGCAAAAGGCGCAGAUCUACCAGACCAGUCACGAGCAUUUUGAGAACGUAGCGCAAAAUACGUACCGGAACGCGGAGAAGCUCCUGGCGGCGGCGGAAGAGCUGGCACGGUCCGGGGAGGUUGCGCCGCAGGAAAUAUUUUCGGUUGUGCGGGAACUGGAGACGAAUGUGGCGUCGUUUGCGGAGCGCGUUGAACAGCGGAGGAGGAGACUGGACCUGGCUGUGUUGUUUUACACCCACGAAAAGGAGAUUUCCGCCUGGCUGGAACAACUUCAUACCGAAAUGGCCAACGAGGAGUCGAUGGAUCUAGCCAAUGAGCAUUUGGACGGGACCGAGCGGAUGCUGGAGCAAUGCAAGGAACAAGAGGAGAACACCCUGAAGACGUGCAUUCAAGCUAUCGCGCAAGGAGAGGCGCUCCUGCAAGAACUGCGGGCAAUCGAGGAGGAAGAUUCGUCGGGAUCGCUGACUGCGGUGCAGAAUGCGUUGGAGCGAAUUCAGAAAAAUCGGCUGGACCUCGAAAAUCUGUGGCAGCAGCGAAAGAUGAAGAUCGACAUGUAUUUGCGACUGCGGAUGUUCGAGCGAGACGCGCUGGAAGUGUGCUCCCAGCUGGAGAUGUGGGCCGAGGAACUGCAGCAUACGGAUGUGUCGCGGGACUUUCAGAAGACCGAACAAGUCCUUAGGUUGCACAACGAGUCGGUUAGUCAGAUGCAGACCACGACCUAUCAGAUGAUCAACACCGGCCAGGAGUUGAUGCAAUUGUUUGAAUCUUCAGGCGUGCUAAUCAUGGCCGAUCCUCACACGACGGCGCAAACCCGCGUCCAGUAUCUUCUAGAGUUUCUGCACGAUCGUGAGCUGGACCUGGAAGAUAUGGCCGAGUCCAAACGAAUCAAGCUGGAACAAUCCAUGCAGUUGUGCCACUUCCAGAACGACGCCAAUCAGGUUAUUUCGUGGAUCCGUAACGGCGAGGCGAUGCUGAUGGCGAACUUUUCCAUUCCAAACAGCUACCAGGAGGCGGAACAACUCCGCAAGGAGCACGAGCAGUUCCAGGUGGCGAUCGAGCGGACGCACACCUCGGCGGUGCAGGUCAAGUAUCGUGCCGAUGCACUCAUGAACGCCAACCACUACGACCCGCAGAGCAUAAAGGACAUUGCCGACGAGGUAACCAAGAAGUGGCAAAAGCUAGUCACGUGCGCCGAAGAAAGGCACAAGCUGGUGACGGCGUCGUUGAACUUUUUCAAAACGGCCGAGCAAGUGUGCAGCGUGCUGGACAGUUUGGAGAAGGAGUACCGCCGCGAGGAGGACUGGUGCGGCGGCGGUGGAUCCAGUGACAAGGGUCAGCAGAUCGUGCAGCUCAUCUCGAAGCACCAGGAGCAGAAGGAGGCCUUCCUGAAGGCUUGCACGUUGGCACGAAGGACAGCGGAAACAUUCCUCAAGUAUGCGGCACGUUCGCUGCAGUUUUAUCACAUAAAAACGACUGUGAAUAGCGAAUCUCGGGUAAAAUCGAUCUUGGAUAAGCUGCUGACGCAGGAAACUCAGGUGCUCGAAUAUUGGACGCAGCGGAAGAAGCGGCUGGAUCAGUGCCAGCAGUUUGUUCUGUUUGAGAGAUCGGCGAAACAGGCGAUCGAGUGGAUCCAUGACACGGGAGAGGCGUACUUGUCCUCCCGGAACAAUAAGCUGUGCAGCAGCCGAGAGGAGACUGAAGUUCUGCUGAAGGAACACAAUGAGUUCAAGGGAACAGCUAAAGAGACGCGUGAACGGGUCAAGCUGCUGAUACAAUUGGCGGACUCCCUGGUGGAGAAGGGCCACCAUGCCCACGCAAGUUCCAUCAAGCAGUGGGUGGCGACCGUCGAUAAUCGCUACAAGGACUUUAGCAGCCGGAUGGAACUCUACCGGGCUAAUCUGGAGAAAUCGUUGGGCCUACCUGGAAUACAGCAACAGGACGACAAUAAUAGUAGUAGUAGUAUUAAUAGUAGUAACAGUAGCCUUAACUGCAAAUCCAUAUCCUCCUCCACGACGUCGGUGUCGACCACGUCCACGAGUGGCAUCUCGUCCGCGUCCUCCACCACAGCCAACGCGUCCGUACUCGAAUAUCGCCAUUCCGAUCCGUCGCUGGAAACAAAGCUGAACGCGGCAGCGGCCGGCCCGGGCGGAGUCGGAGUGCCCAAAGAAAUGAACGAAGAAAAGCGCAAAUCUGCUCGCAAAAAAGAAUUCAUCAUGGCGGAACUACUCCAAACCGAACGCACCUACGUGAAAGACCUCGAAACGUGCAUCAACGUGUUUGUGAGUGAACUCAAGAGUGGCGUCAACGUACCAACCAACCUCGUUGGCAAAGAACACAUCCUCUUCAGCAAUAUCGAAGACAUCUUCGCGUUUCACGAGAAAAUCUUUCUCCGCGAGCUGGAAAAGUACGAAACCAUGCCCGAAGACGUCGGUCACUGCUUCGUGACGUGGGCGGCCAAAUUCGACAUGUACGUGUUCUACUGUCAAAACAAACCCCAAUCGAACGACUACAUGGUCCAGUUCGGUGGAACCUACUUCGAAGAAGUACAACGCAAACACAAACUAGAACACUCGCUGCCGGCGUUCCUCAUCAAGCCGGUGCAGCGAAUAACCAAGUACCAGCUGCUCCUAAAAGACCUUCAAUCCUGCUGUGACGAGGGCCAGGGCGAAAUCAAGGACGGUCUCGAAGUGAUGCUGAACGUCCCCAAAAAAGCCAACGACGUAAUGCACCUCUCACUGCUCGAAGGUUGCGACGUUCCGAUCGACACCCUCGGCGACGUAGUUCUGCAGGACUCGUUCCUCGUGUGGGACAACAAGCAGAUUCUCAUCAAGAAAGGACGCGAACGACACGUCUUCCUGUUCGAACUGUACAUUCUGUUCUCCAAAGAGGUCAAAGACACCAACGGAACGGUCAAGUACAUCUACAAGAGUAAGCUGCUCACGUCAGAUUUCGGCGUCACCGAGCACAUCGAGGGCGACGAGUGCAAGUUUGCGAUCUGGACGGGCCGGGCACCGAUGCUGUCCGACUACCGGAUCGUGCUGCGCGCAAACAGCCUCGAGACGAAGCAGAUGUGGGUGAAGCGGUUGCGGGAGGUCAUCCAGGAGACGUACUUCUCCGGGACGUCGUUCUCACUGCUCAAGUCGCCGGCGAAGGUGGGCACGAAGCAGCUGGGCCAGCGGCUGUCCAAGGACAUUGACGACACGCUGAACGAUAACGACCAGGAUGGUAGCUCGCUAGCGAGCUUCGGGUCCGGCAACACUACGGACAGUGAGAAGGGUGGCUUAGCGGAGGUGACGUGGGUGAUAGCGGACUAUGUCGCGACCCAGGGCACCUCGGAACUGACGGUGACGAAGGGCGCCCAGGUGGAAGUCAUCGACAUGAACUGCACCGGGGCGCCCGAGUUCUGUCUGGUGCGGCUGCCGAUCAACUCGACCGACAGCCAGGAAGGACUGGUGCCGGUGUCGGUGCUGAAGCCACUGCCCUCCUCCCACAGCAAGCUGAGCAGCAAACAGCAGCAGCACCAGCAGCAGCGGGACCCGGACGCGUUAGGAGAAGUUCCCCAAGAGAAUGAUUGCAUUCUGCCGAAUCAGCAUACAUCACCAGUCAACAAACGGAAAGGUUUCAGUGGGAAAAAAUGGCUACCAACUGGGCUUCGCAAGUUGUCACACGGCAAAUCGGACAAAUUACCUCCGGUGGAAAAGCCGAUGAUCAACAAAAAGAGCUCAGACAAAAAGGUUAAGGAGAAACCACUCGGCGAGGUGGAACGGCCGGCGCCCGCCGCCCAGAUCGAGCUGGAGCCGGACGAUCCGGAGCCGACGAUCGAGCUGCCACCGCCCAUGAAACCGAUCCAGGACGCCGCGACGGCCCUGACCGGUACACCUUCGUCCACGUUGUCCUCGGCCGAGGACCACCAAACCUGCACUAGUACUAAGAUACAGAAAGCUUUAUCGAUAAAAUCGUUGGAGGAACCUCCGGCGGCGGUCAACCAGACGGCCGACGUGGCGGAGAUUGAGCAGCUAGUCAAAGACAACGUACUGCGGUACAAGGAGAACGACGGAACGGCGACCGUCCUCACCGGUGGCAUGAUGUUGGGUGAGGCCGGAACGUGUAUGGCCGGGUUCGGUGACAUUGGGGUGCCAUCGGUGAGCAAUGGAGGAGUUGGGGGAAGUAGUGGCGGCUGCAGUGGAAUGUUUGUCAAACCGGCCAUUUCGCCGCAGUUUUCCGAGAAUGAAGCCAUCGACGAUAACCUGACCGACGCGGAACAGGGAAUCGAGGACAUUCUGCGGAAGCGUAUGUUCGCCUUGAGGGAACUCGUGACCACCGAGGAUGCGUACGUGAACGAUUUGUCCCAGAUCGUGAAUGGCUACAUUGCCGAGAUUCGCAACCCGAACAGUACCGUCCUGAUCCCGGAUGACCUGAAGGGCGGCAAGGAGCGCAUGGUGUUUGGCAACAUUGAAGCAAUCUACGAGUGGCAUCGAGACUACUUCCUGAAGUCGCUCCAGAAAUGCCUGGUCACUCCGGCCGAACUCGGACCACUGAUCAAGCGCAGCGAGCGGAAGCUGCACAUGUACGUGGUCUACUGUCAGAACAAACCCGUGUCUGAGCACAUUGCCCAGGAACAUAUGAACUACUUUGAUGAAUUACGCUUAAAAUUAAGAUAUAAAUUAUGUUUAGGAGAUAUGCUCAUUAAACCUGUCCAAAGAAUUAUGAAGUACGAGUUGCUGUUGAAAGAUAUCCUGAAACAUACUCAGCGGGCCGGUCUCACCGAGGAGGUGCCAGGAUUGAAAGAUGCAAUGCAUAUAAUGCGAGUAGUUCCUAAGCAAGCCAAUGACAUGAUGGAUGUCGGUCGGUUGCAGAAAUUCGAGGGUAAGAUAACGGCGCAGGGCAAGCUGCUGCUGCACGGUUUGCUGUACUGCGUCGAGGGUGCCAGUAGUAGUGAUAAGAAUUCGUACAACACGCAAAAGCCGAAGGAGCUGCACGUGUUUCUGUUCGAGCAGACGAUCAUCUUCGCGGAGAUCGUCGGCAAGAAGACGCAGUUCACCAGCCCGAGCUACAUCUACAAGGCGCACGUGCAGGUGAACAAGAUGACCCUGCAGGACCUGUCGGACCAGACGAACGGCAACCGGUUUUCGCUUUGCUCAAUCGACCCGCAGCGUUCCAGCCUAAGCUUCAUCUGCACCGCCCCGACGCCGGAAAUGCACAGCGAGUGGCUCAACAUGAUACGCAUGAUUCUGCAGAAGCAGAACGACUUUCUAAAAGCAAUACAAAGUCCGAUCGCCUACCAGAACGAGCUGGACUCUUUGGAGAAGAACAAGUAAGUUAGCAAAAACAAACCAACAUCCAUACAAAAUUACUACGCUGCUGCUGCUCGCAGGACCGAAAAUCAAACCACACUUUUAUGAAGAGGAGUGACAAAAAAGAAAGUAACAAACAAACACAAAACAAAACCAACAAAUCGUAGUUAAGCCAAUAAUUAUGAGUAACUUGUAAUUAAACAAAAUUGUAUGAAUAUGGUAACUUAAAGUGACAGCAACAAUUGCAGCAUAUAGACAAAAUCUGACGCAAAACAGAACAACAAAAAACGCAGAGAAAUAGAUUUGCUUAACAAAUAAACAACAAAAAGAUGGUUUGUGAACAUCUGGACAAAUAACAGAUAACAUUAUAGCAAGCACUAUAUUAUAUAACAUUCGGCAAAUGGAAUAACAAGAAAAUACAAACAAACAACAACUAGAAUAAUGCGCAGCAAAUUUACCAGCAGCAAAAGAUAAACAAAAAGAAAACAAAAGCUCUAUCAAAUAUGGGUGACAAAAUAUAUUUUAUUAACAUGAUUAUAUCCAUAGCUACUGAAAGCAAACAAAAGGUGAAAACAAUUAACUUACCGUGACAACAAAACGCAAACAAACCGCGUUACGAUCAAUCCAAAACCCAAGUAGAGAUGAGCCGGUAAACGCCGUGCAAAGAGCGCGCGCGACAAACGAGAGAAACAAAAAAAAAACACAUAUUUUUCGAUCAUUUUGAAUUGUAGAAUUUAUUGGAUUUCGUGCUUUACUUUGACGACAACGGAACGGAACAGAACCAGUGCUUUCUGUGCAUUUCAAGAGAAACUACAAACUACUCUCCCCUACUGGCUGCGAGCGAUUCCACGACGCGACGGUCUAUUGGUUUGUCACAUCACAGUACGCGCUUUCCCACUUAUUGUAACGCCCCACACUUGUACAAAGAUUGAAGUUAUUAGGUUUUGUGCUGGAACAACUCUUAAGCAACAGAGCAAUUCUCACGAGAGGGGACAAUAAUUGUAUUUUUUUUAAGUUGGAUAAAACUUUUAUAGAAUAAAGGAUGAAACCAUUUUUCACCAUUAAUUUAUCCAUACAAGUCUUCGUACGAUUCACAAAAUUAUAAAAAAAAACUUAUUCUUGAGUGAUGUGUAUCAAAGGAAGGGAGGAACAGUUUGCCUAGUCAAGGUGGACGAGACGACGCUGGCUAAACACGAUCGAAGUAGGCCUUGCCUUGUAGAAAGCAACGGCAAAACUGAUCUUCCCCGUUUCACAUCUAUUUUUUAAAGUGUUCCAAAAACCGAUCUACAAAAGGGUCUGCCGAUCAAAGCAAGCCAGAUGAGCACGAUCCCAUCUCCUCAAGGAAUUGCUUGAGUUGCUGUCAGAUCUUUUUCCGGCUAUUGAUUUUUUACUUAACUUUUUGUUACCAAAAAGUGAAUAACUCAAAAACACUAUUUUUGUUUUUUUUUUUAUAUGUUUUAGUGGACAAAAAAUGCCAUUUUCUAAGAUAUCGAAGCAAAAAUUUCAUUAGGGCACAAAACCAAAUCGUAAUCAUUCGGGAUUAUUCCACCAUUCCAUUCAUUAGUUCCAUUUCAUUCAUUCACUUUCUACAUGCCCUCCAAGAAUCAGAUUGAUAUCAAACAAUUUCCCAUUGAAAAAAUCAAAAACAAAAAAAAAUUAAAUGUGCCCUUUUCUUUUUCAUUAAUUUUUGGUAGUUGAGGAACUUUUUGUGUCAUAAAGUGAACUUUUCAUUCAUUCUUAACACUAAUUCACUUCAAAACAAAGUUAGGUUUACUAACAUCGUUCCAACUUUUUUUUUCGCGUGUAAAAAAAAAUCCCCAAAAAUUCCGCGGAGGCAGUCUUUUUUUUAAAAAAAAAAGGUGGAACGAUGUUUUCGGUCGCAGAAAUUACAGAUUUGUUCAAAUCAAGUUUUUCAAAAUUUCAGGAUCAUCUAGACAUUCUUACAAAUCACUGGAAACAAGAAUCGUCCCGAUUGGUUGAGUAAUGCCCGAGAACCAGCGAGUUAAAGUUACCGUUCCACCUUUUUCGGAAGGCUUGGGCGUCCGUGUAAGUUGGACAUGCGUUGGGCGUUCCAGUGUUUAAAAAAAAACAAACCGAUAUGUCUUUUUUUUCAUAAACAACUUUGAAAAAAAAAAAAUCCAAACUCGAUCAAAUAAUUUUUGCUCUUGCUCAGCCAUUUUUGGCAUUUUUUGUCCCCUAAAACACAUACCUUUCAAUACCAGCACUGAAAUGGGUGCUGAAAAGUUGAAUUUUUCGAUAUUAGUAUCGAAAAGGUUUUUCAUGUUUUGCCUUCCUCACCUUACUGAGGAAAGGCUAUAAAAUCACUCGAAAACUGAACUUCUCAAUUAGACCUCCUAGACCCACCUUCAUGUACACCUAUCGACUCAGAAUCAAAUUCUGAGCAAAUGUCUGUGUGUGUGGUGGGAUGUUGAUCAAAAAAUUGUCACUCGAUUAUCUCAACAUUGGCUUAACCGAUUUUGUCCGUUUUGGCGUCAUUCGAUCCGUCUUGGGGUCCCAUAAGUCGGUAUUAAAAAUUAUGCAGUUUAGUUAAGUACUUCAAAAGUUAUGCUAAAAAAACGAUUUUAACAAAAGUCCGGAAGAUUGUAAAAAGGGUGGUUUUUGUAAGAAAACCCGGCAUGUUAUACAUUUUUAGAAAGGUAUUUAAAAGACCUUUCCAACGCGUCCAAGACAUUGAAGAUCUGACAACCCUAUCAAAAGUUAUUACCACUUAAGUGUUAUUUAUGUACUUUUUGGAAGCCGGAUCUCAGAUAUCAUGAUGAAAACGUUGUCCGGAUCUAUCAUGCGACCUAUCGUUGAACAGGUAAUCAAAAGACCUUUCCAACGCGUCCAAAACAUUGAAAAUCUGACAACCCUAUCAAAAGUUAUAAGCACUUAAGUGAUAUUUAUGCACUUUUUGAAGGGCGGUUCUAAGAUAUUUUGAUGAAAACGAUGUCCGGAUCUAUCAUGCGACCUGUCGUUGGAUAGGUAAUCGAAAGACCUUUCCAAUGCAUUCAAAACAUAAAAGAUCUGCCAACCCUAUCAAAAGUUAUAAGCACUUAAGUGUUAUUUAUACACUUUUUGGAGGCCAGAUCUCAGGUAUUUUGAUGAAAACGUUGUCCAAAUAUAUCAUGCGACCUAUCUUUGGAUAGAUAAUUAAUAAGCCUUUCCAACGGGCACAAAUUGAAUUGGAGAUUUGACUACGCUAUCAUAAGUUGUAAGCACAUAAGUGCCCUGAAAUAAUAAUGAGAUGAAUAAUUAGUCAAAUUGAUAGAACACUUAAAGGUCCGCCCUAUUUUGGAUAGCAUUACCUUUUAAAUGUGAGGAAGGCACCAACCACCUAAGGGUGGAUUAAGUAACGUUUUUUUUUUUUGUUUUGAACGAUGAAUUUACUUAACACAUGAAUGAUAGACAUACAAUUCCAUUCAAAAAGCGUUUUUCGAAAUUGCAAAAAAAUGUUUUAAGCAACUCGUCGCAAAACAUGAUUUUUUCAGUACUCGUCGUAUUUAUCCAACUCGGUGAACUUUGUUGGAUUAGUGUACGACUCGUGCUGAAAAAACUGUUUUUUGCAUAAACUAGAUUUUAAGUAAUUCAUUUUUAGUGACAAAAAGUUAAUUUUAAAAAUCAGCUACUUUGUUUUACCGUGUAUCUAUUUUGCACAAAGUCCCUACUAACACAACUUUACUGAAGACACCAAUUCAAUCAUAAAGCUUCUUCGCGAGACACAGAUUUUUGAAUAUUUACAUGCCAUUUUUGUAUGGACAGCUGUCAAAUUCGUAUGAAGAAGUGUAUGGACGAAACGAUAACAAAAAUGUCUUCUUUGGUCACAGGGAAUAGAUACCCACUACAUUAAAAAAAUGCAAAAAUAAAUUCAAAAAUUGCUGUUUUCGUAGAUAAUUGCUCCAUUGCAAAAUAAAACUUAGUAUUUAAAAAAUCUCAAGAUACAGCUGUUCUUAUAUUUUCAUUAGACUUCUGCAUAGACAGCUGCUAAAAUUGUAUGGAGAUUUAUUUGGACUAACUGAUAAUGCAAAAAUGGCUUCUUUGGGCAAAAGCCGCCUCCAAGUUUUAUUCAAAUAAAAAAAAAUAUAAUUGUGCAAAGUCUCGGAGAAUUGCUCAACGAUCCUCUCUUUCUAUGCAAGAGUAAAGUACGAACAAAACAUUGAAUGGCAGCAGCGCUCCUCCCUACCCUUCCUGUAUGUGAUUGUAAUUGGAAAUGCUAAUGUUUUCUUCAAAUGUUUGAUGAUGGGAUUGAUGAAAUUGGAACAACAAAAAAUCAAAUGUGUAAAAAUCUGUUAAUUUUGGCCAUUUUUAGGUUAAUUUUUAGAAAAUUAAAAAAAAUGCACGCGGGUUUCGUACAAAUUGCGUAGAUUGUAAUUAUGCAACUUUUGUUUUUUUAAACCUCAUUCACACAUUAAGCAUUUGAAGGAAAAGAAGCAGCAGCUUGUACAAAAAAAAAAAGAAACACAGAUUUAUAAAUGUUCCCUUUACUAGAAGUGAUGUUGUCACUGUAAAAUAUUCCCCAACUUAGAUAAAGGCAAAUCCCUGCAAAAAGCAUGCACUGCAAUAUUCUCAAUAGGAGACGAGCAGCAAACAACAGACCAACAGAGCAGAACAAAAGUGCGCGGCGCGUUCAAACUUUCAAUUUCCCAACACGACACAACACAAACACAUUUCCCCACAUCACUACCACCGAUUUUUUCCAAGCAAAAUUAGUAUUCUACCACGUAAACAAAAUAAAAAGCAGCACACACACAAAUUAUACUUUUUCUCAUCUUUCUCGGUCCCCGCACCCACAAAAAAAACCUAAUAUCAUUACAUCUUCUUAUCGAACUGUGAUUACCAGAAAUCGGAUGAGUGAAAGUUAGUUUUUUUUUUCCUAUUCGUCCCCGCCCACUCUGAACAAACGGGUUCUUUUGAAGAAGAAAAAAACAAUACACGCAACACACACUUUCUUUCAUUUUGUAUAGUAAAAAAACAAACACGGAAAACACGGAUCACGGAGUGGUUAGAAACGAAAGGAAGUGACGAAAGAAAAAGAGGGAGAGAAAAAUGAGGGAAAACAAAAACAAUACAGGAAGUUUGAGAUGUGGAUGAACAAAAAAAAACUAAAAUGAAAGGCAAAACAAUGAAAAAAGGAGGAAAUAUUCGCAGAUGCAGUUCUGUAAAAAUUUGUGUGAUAAUAUUUACUAGUAAUAUGUUAUGUUUAAUUUAUGAAUUUAUCCUAAUUAUAAAUUACAAUCACCUAUUUCUCAAUUUAAGGAAGAAAAAAUAACAUAAAGUGAGCCGGUUCAAAAUUAAUGAAUACUAUGAUGAAUAUUCAUGAAAUGAUAAGCAAAACAAAACACAUGUGAAAACGCAGUGAAUAAAAAGUGAUUAAAACAAACAAAA